AUGUCCAGUCAAACUGCUCCUGAGAACUCUAUCUCAGAGCUGCAGCAGAGGAAGCAGCAGCUCACAGACACAGAGCUCCAGUUACAGCAGCAGGCCAAGGACUUUGGAGAGAUCUGCUACCUCUAUAACGCAGCUGUGUGUGACAAGGCCACUCUGGGGCUGGAUCUCACCUCUGCUAAUAAGAUGAUUGGAAAACAGAGGAAGAGACUGGAGCAGCAAGACGCAGUGAUACGUGAUCUGCAGGAUAAGACAGAUGACCGUAACUGUACAAUCACCUGCAGCAGCAGCUUAGUGCCGAGCCGCACUAAAGCAGCUUCCACCAAAACCAACCAAAGCUGCUCAACAAGGUGA